AUGCAUCCUUUCUUUUCAAAUAUCGAGGGUUCGGACUACCCUCAUCCGAGGGGUAGCACCUCCAACAGCAGCAGUCCGGAUGAUACCUCGACGGAUUCCCCCGACUGGAAUGACGAUAAGGUCGAGGUCUAUCAGGAGAUGGAGGUGCCCAAGGUGGAGGAAAUCGAUGAGGAUAUCUUGAGCAUCAAACCUGCCGAGGUGGGGGACUCGGCCGCUCCCGCUGCCGUCCCACGGAAACGUGGUCGACCUCGCAAACAUCCGUUGCCAACAGGCGCCAAAGUCACCAAAGGUCGCUCCAAAACAGGUUGCAUCACUUGUCGCAGGCGCAAGAAGAAGUGCGAUGAGACAAAACCUGCAUGUCUCAACUGCCAGAAGAAUGCGGUCGUCUGCGAGGGCUAUCCGCCCAAAGAGAUCUGGAAGAGUGGGCGACAAAAGCUCGCCGACGUUGUAUCCCAGUCCCUUGCAGCAGUGCCGCGCAGCUUACCCCUCCUCAUCGACGGCAUCGAAACCGACAUCGAUCGACGCUUCUUGGAUCACUUCGUAUACGGCUUCAGUCGCGUACUGACACUGAUUAAUGAUGAUUCAAAUCCCUUCAAGGAGAUUCUGCUCCCGAUGGCAACCCAACACCGCGGUCUGAUGCAUUCGCUCAUGUGUCUAUCCGGGUCACACCUGUCGGGCCUGGACCCUGAGCCGAAGCUGAAGGAGCGCAAAUACUAUCACUUCCAUCGCGCAAUCCAGGAUCUCAAGGAUAAUAUCAAUGCCUCCUCAAACUCGUCCCCCAAGACCCCCGACGCCGAACAACAGCUUUUGGUGGAGGACCCCAUAAUAGCAUCCACCAUCGCUCUGAGUCUGAACACCAUCUGCGAAGGUGAAACCAACGGCGAAUACCGCCCGCAUAUGGAUGCCGCCCGGUAUCUGUUGGUAUCACAGCAACCGCGAAAUGAAAAGUUCCGCCAAUUCAUAGUCGAGUUCUUCCAGUACCACGAUGUUUCAAACUCCCUCACUUCGCUGGACCGACGCCCAGCUCUCUUCCACAGCAACAUGAAUAUCCCCAAGUUUGUACCGGGCGCCUCCGCCGGUAUGUUUGUGGGCGUCUUUGAUGGUUUAUUCAACUACAUCUCAGAGGUCACGCAGCUACGAGACCGCAUUCGUCAGCGGAUGGAUGAGGGAUAUGAACCAGCGGUAGACUAUCAGACUCUCAGCGAGGCGGUUUCGAUCGAUACGGCUAUCCGGAACUGGGAGACCUCCCACGAGCCGGACACACCAAACUGGUGCUUGGCCCAGCUGUACCGACAAACGACCUGGGUAUACCUAUACCGGACUAUCCGGCCCUCGCGACCAAGUGAAAAGAUCGCCCAGGUGGUCGAUGAUGGCCUGGGCUAUCUGGAUCAGCUGCCACAAGACGCUGGCGCUUACAGUAUUGUGCUAAUGCCACUAUUCUUACUCGGUUGCUCGGCAUUUGUGCCCGAGCAACGUGAGCGUCUCAGAACAGGCUUUGAAAAUCUCAAGUCCUAUUCCAACCUGCGAAAUAUCGAGCCUGCUUUCAAGGUUGUUUCGCGGGUUUGGGAGGUCAUGGACACCAAUAUCGAGGAUAGUUGGGACUGGGAGAAAAUCAUUCGUGACAUGAACAUGGAUUUCUUGAUCACUUGA